AUGUCGGCCUUCGCCUCCCAGCUGUUGGCAACCCCGCAGUAUUUGCAGCAAGAGCUGUGGAGAUGUGCUCUCUCGUAUUGUGACUCCCAGGAGGACUCAGACAACGAUUGCAUCAGACUGUUUUGUGGGGACCGCCUUCCUCCCGACAUUGCAAGCGAAUUCGUGGAAGUCGACUCAACACAUGGCUUCUGGGAAUGUACGAGCUCGUCUCCUGACGCAGUCAAGUUCUUUCAGGAGACCUCAGCUUUGCGACUCGUCGGCCGAUUGCGUCGCGGCGGUGCGGCAGAGGCCGAGCUGGAGCUGGCUUUCCGUGGCACCGACCGUAUUGCGAACUGGCUCACGAACUUCACCACGUCGCUGGUGCCUUGCGAAGUUGGCAGCCAGGCUGGCAUGGUCCACCAAGGCUUCCAGAAAGCUUAUCUUAGUCUUCGACCUGUGCUGCUGGACAAGAUCCGCGACUGCUUGAAAGAACAUGGGCUGACCCAACGAGCUUCCCUCCAUAUGCGCGUCACGGGGCACAGUCUCGGUGGUGCGCUGGCCAUGCUGUGUGCCUACGACUUUGUGCACAACUACGGUUGGGAAGCUUGGUGUGUGACCUGGGGGAGCCCGCGUUUGGGCGAUGCAGCUUUCGCGGCAGCCUUUCAGAGGCUAGUUCCACGCAUGGCGCGAUUCAUAAACAAGAUGGACGUGGUGGCCUGCUUGCCUGCCAACCCCAAAGACCCGAACGACAACAAUAGAAAGGUGAGCACCGUUCUAUCCACUGCCUUCUCACCGCUGCAAAAGGCCAUGCAGGCUCAUGAUUACAGGCAUGUCUGCACCGCGGUCAUACUGGACCCCACCACAAGCAAGUCGCUCCACAUGAUGAUUGCUGGGAUGGAGGUGGCAGCGCUUGGACGCGAGGGACAGUCCGGAAGCGUAGCCGAGCAUGUUGCCCGACCUCACUUCAUCCCCUGCUAUGCGGAACAUCUGGCCGCGGCGCUCGCUGCGCAAGCAGCUGCAUUCGAGGCGCAGUCUGAAAAUGCUUGGGCCACUCUCCCAUCUGUUGGAACCUGGCUCAACCCACUGCCCUGGGAGGCCAACGAGGUUGCAGAAAACGGCGGAGGCAAGUCAGAGAGCACCGCCUUUGACACCCGCGAGUUUCUCAACUACGGCUCAUCCUUGCUCUCGGACUUUCGUGGAAGGGGACCUCGAGUGCUGGUCGACCUUCAUGACAAGCUAGGCAGCUACACGAAGAAACAGCUGGAAGCGAUGGGAGUUGAAUCGAACAAAAUCGCGAAAGUACCACUGGAAACUGUCUUGAGAUCCGGCCCGGAACUGCUUAACACGGAAGCCGGCCAAGCUCUACUGAGGCAGGGCCAGGAGCAACUGCUCACUAUGCUCCCCAUGCUGACUUUGGCUGCACAGAAAGACGGCCAGUCGCAAGCCUCCAAGCAGAUCUUGAUGCAGAUGGAAAGGAACGGUGUCGCUUCAAAGCUGCUCGCCUGGAGCCGGGAGAAGGUUCGGGAUGCGGAGACCGAUCCGGAAUUGCUGCGAAACUGCCUGGCUUCCUUCAACAUCUCGAACUUGGCGGACAUCAGUUCGCAAAUCUACAGCGCAAACGCGGCUCGCCUUCGAAAAGCGAAGGAACAGUGCAUCCAGCUGCUCUACAGCGAGGCGGCUCGGGAAAAGCUGCGAGCUGCGGGCAUCCAUGUGGACGAUGACGAGGAUGUUGACUUAGAGCAGGUGCUUUCCCAAGGGCAAGACCUGCUGAAGACGGAGGAAGGUCGCGAAGUGCUUCGCACGGCGCAGGCGCAGGCCUUGAGUUUGCUGGCCAUGCUGAAUGCUAAAGCAAACGGCACAGGACUUGAUGCUCAGGCCGCCGAGUUGUUGAGGCAAUUGCAGAAGUCCCGCAAGGGUGCUGCAUUGAUCUCCUGGGGCCAAAGGACUUUGGACACGGCGCACCAGGACCCAGAGACACUUCAAGGUCUUCUCACCUCCUUGGACCUCUCCAAGGCGGGCGACUGGACUGGCCGAUGCCGUGAGUUGCUCACCAGUGGAGCAGCGGGCCUAGGCCUCGUCUGGGUGGAUGGGAAUUUGAAGCUGGACACUUUGAUUGAGAAGGGGCAGAAGUAUAUGCACACGGACUCCGGAACAAAGUUCCUGCGAGAAGCGCAGAAGAAGGCACUCCUUUUCCUUCCUCGCCUGGAGUCUGAGUCGGGUUUGCUCCAACAUGCCAACAAGCACAUCCAGAAGCUGGAGAGCUCCGACAGUACAAGGAGCCGGCAGCUGCUGGAGCAGGGCCGGACUCUUCUGGCCUCUGCAGAGGAGGACCCAGACGCGCUGAAGAAAUGGCUUGCAACCAUAGAGGCAUCUCAAGCUCAAGAGUGGCAGCAGUGGGGCAGCCAAGUGGUUGCCAACGAAGCUGGCCAGCGUGAUGCCUUUCUUAAGACGGUGACAGACACCUGUCUGGAGUUUCUAUCGGAGCAGCUCAAGGUCAUCAAGGUGCCCAAGAUCGAAAGCGACUCUGAUGCGUCAGAUUACGAGUACUCCAUCGACAACAUUGAUCUGUCUUCCUGUGCCGUUGACAAGGAUGGGUUUCGAAUCGAGCUGAAGCCACCAGGCACGCGAAGCAACGACUCCGUCGAGAACGUACCUGAACAGGAAGGGUUUGGAGAUGCACAAAGUGGCACCCUGCAUCCGGCAGAAGGAGAGAGCGCCCCUUCCUUGAUGAGCACGGGUGAAAUUCUCCGCGUGACUGCGCGGGACAUGAAGGUUCAUAUUCCGGAGAUGAAGUGGAAGUAUGCGCAGAAGAAAUUCCCAUACUUCAAUGGUCAUGGUGCUGCGGCAACUACAGCACACGGCGCUCAAGUAAUUCUGGCGUUCGAACUCCGCUCCGCCAAGGUGAAUGGUGAGCUGGUGCCACGUCUGGCACUUGCAUUCAGUCAGGUCGUUAUCGACAAGCUGGACCUUCGCUUUCAGGAAUCGUCAUUUAGCUGGCUGUACAACACGCUCGGCUACUAUUUCCAAGACGCAGUACGAGACUAUGUAGUUCAAAGCCUUGGGGCCGCAGUGAACGCAAACAUUGCCUCGCUGCUGGAGCCGCUGAACCGGUAUCUGCACCCCUACUGGCCUUUGGUGCUCUCCACGGUCGCCAUCCCACUUCCGGAGCUACCCCAGUGUGGCACAGAGGAGUAUGUUGUGGAGCUGGGCCUGGAGACGGAGGAGCCGAUUGGCUGCGACUUUGUGGACGCGGAAGAUGGGCUGGUGCUUCUAGCAUUGGAGGAAGGAGGCCCGCUCGAGCGGUGGAACGAAACGGCGACGGAGCAGCGCAAGGUUUGUAUCAAUGACCUCCUCAUCGAAGUGGACGGCUUACGCAAGCAGGACAUUCCCGAUGCGCUUGACAGACGACCUCUCCACGAGCUGGUCUUCCGCCGAAUGCCCCAGCAGCAGGAGUUGCCACAUCCCGACGACACGGGGAUUGAGUCGCUUGAUGAUUUUCUGGGCUCGCAAAUGCCCACCGUUAUGUAG